AUGCCGCCGUCUCGAGACCAGCAGGUCCCCGAGCUCUCGUACCUGCCUAGCUAUGCUCAAACAAGAGCACCUCCUCCGUCUGGCCCACCGCCUGCCUAUGCAAAUGUCAUCGGCAAGGUCUACCCGUACUCGCUCCGACCCGUGGUGCUCAUCACUUCCUUCUGUACCUUCCUCUAUCUCCUCCUAAUUUCGAUCUCCAACUUCAAGGACAUCAAUAACUCGGGCAACAACACGAUUAUGAAUGUCUUUGGCAUUCUCACCGGUGCACUCCUCAUGACUGUUGCUAUCAUUGAAGUCAUCGGAUUUGUAGGCGCGCUCAAGACCAACCUCAAGCUCGCUACGCUCUACUCUAGGUUUGCCAUCCCCGGUUUUGUUUUCGUCAUCUCUUGCGAGAUCAUCAACAUUGUCGGACACUACUCGUUCAAGGACCGCAUCAUCAACGACUGUGUCUCGAGGAACACGGGUGCAGUUGUUCAGUCCUCUGGCUGGGGUUGGUUAGGAUCAGGAGGUAGCAGCACCGUCAUGUCUGCCGCUGAUGCGCAGAACUACUGCAACAGAUCAUGGAAGUAUGCCUCGACCUGGGAGAUCGUCUGGCUCAUUGUCACCAUUGUGCUCGGCGUUCCUUUCGUUAUGUUCAGUUUCGCCUUCGUGCGCCAGCUUCAGGACCCAGCAUCGGUACGAGUGCGCGAGUCGAAUCUCGGAUGGUGGGACCGUCGCAACAACCAGCCUCCCAGCGCGCAAUACGGCACCCAAUACAGCUCGGGACCUUACGACCCACAAUCACAGUCGCAGGCCUACUCUUACCCACCUGUACCUUACGGUGCGGGCAUGUACGCUCCUCCCAGCAGUCCCCCGCCCAACGGUGUCAAUCGCGAUCUUCCAGGCUACAAACGAGGGGACAUGGCAGGCGAAUUUGACGACCGCAAGAGUCCGGUCACCAGCCCGAUCGGAUACGGCUACAGCGGCAACGGUCGACCUAGCUCGAGUCGAGACCGUGAUCCAAGGCAGAACGAUGCAGCGAAGGACUCGCAAGUUACGAUCAGGCUCGAUGAUGAUGUUGAUACCAAGAGCAAGUCGUCUGCUAGAAGAUCUGACGAUGAUGACACGCCGAGGGUUUGA